GAUCCCCUACUCUUUGCAUCGAUAUUAACUGCUUCCUAAUUCCUUCCCCGAGAAACAAACAAGCUUCUUAAACUCCAUGCUGCAGCAGCAAUUCGUAGUUUCUCUUUUCACUUCUCCUAGCAGACAAGACUGAUGGCUUCAUUGAAAAACCAUCCAUUUGAUCUAAAGAUUGCAGUCAGUGUUUUGCUCAUCUUAUACUUCACAUUUUUGCCAUCCAAAUCAGUUGGGUCAGUAUCUGUAACAGAUAAUGACAGUUCCAAGGAAGUGAAAAUGGUUCUGGGUUCAAGGCCACCCAAGUGUGUCAACAGGUGCUUCAGCUGCAGACCAUGCAUGGCUGCUUUAGUUGCUCCUCCCCACCAUAGAAAUGGCCAAAGUUCUUCAUAUCAAGGUGAUGAAAGCUAUUAUCUGCUGGCCUGGAAAUGCAAAUGUGGUGAUAAGUUCUUCCAACCUUGAGCAAAGAUUAAUGUAUAUAUGUAAUUAUAGCCAAAACCCUAUAAACUAGGAAGCUUUUCCUUGGCAAUCUGCUCUCUCUCUCCCUUUGUCUGUCGAUGUUGUAUCUGCUAAUGAUUCUACUUCUAGUGCCACAAACAUUAAUUUUAGCUCUAAAUUCUAAUGCAUUGCCUCUUUUGCUGUCUCUCAUUAUUGCUGAGUAACAAAGCCUUGCAACUUGGGAAUCAAGGGAAGAGUUGAAGACUGCAUGCCUCCAUUAUCUCCAAUACUUUUUCUUUUCUGGUUUUUUUCACGUUUUCAUUGACACAUUUUGCCACAUUUCUGUGAAUCAGUCCGCUCCAAGCUCAAUUUAAUGUUCAACCUCCCAAAACUAUUAAACAGUAGAGUCAACAAACAUUUUAUUUAAAUUCUUUGAGUUAUAUUUCUUUCCUCUGUUUCUUUGGAUCGGCAGCUGGGAAUUGGAGUUAUAAUAAGAAAUUUCAAAGAAUCAUUGUUACAUUUAU